AUGACGUUAUUUCCGAACAUGAGGAAACCGCUCUACUAUGUGAUCAAUUUGAUCACUCCGACGAGCAUCAUCACGUUGAUAUCGAUUGUCGGAUUCUUUAGUUGCUCGUCGAUCAACGAGCUUCGCGAAGAGAAGAUUUCUUUGGGUAUCACGACACUUCUCUCGAUGUCGAUUCUCAUCUUUAUGGUUUCCGAUAAAAUGCCAUCAACGUCGUCAUUUAUUCCACUAAUUGGCUGGUUCUACACAUGUAUGAUUUUAUUGAUAUCAUUUUCCACUUUACUCUCAUCGGUGAUCAUUUAUGUGCAGAAACAGGGGAUCCUCGGGAAACCGCCUAGAAAAGAGACAAUGAGAUGGGCUCGAGUGGUUGGACGUUUCGUUCGUAUGGAGAUCCCGCUAUUGAUGCGACAAGCUUAUGCUCAAAAGGCACGAGAAGAACGACUACGAAAAACGCAACGUCAACGCAAAGAGAGUCUCUGGCAAAAAGUCUACAAGUUGAGCAAGUCCAAAGAGAAUCUCAAAUCGAACUCUUCUCCAAAAACCGUUCACGUAAACGCUGAAGAGGACAAUAUAACGAUGGAAAAAACGCGAAAAAGUCUCAACAUCAGCACGGAAGUGCUUAAAAUCAAUGGAACACAUGCAAUACCAGAGUACACACCGAUGGGCGAUGUAGAUCUGGAUGAGGACACGUCGUAUAUCGAUGAUGAUAAGGAAGAUUUGGAUUUCCCACCGUCGAAAUUCCUACACAAAACGAGCACAUGUCAAUCACUGGAGAGCGCUCUGCGGAUAGGCGUCACUUUUGAUCCAACAACGCCGCGAACAGCGCGAAAUCUCGCCGAGCUUGAGUUCGACUGGUUGGCGGCUGUGAUUGAACGGGUUUGCCUAAUCGUGUUCAUUUUCUUCUUCAUUCUCAUGUCUUUCGGGAUCAACUCGAUCGGUCUCUACUAUUGGUGGACGGCUAAAGUGUCGCGAGAACGA